AUGACAAGAAAAUCACCACUUGGUGGUACAUGUGAUUGGAAUAUUGAUUGUGAGAAUAAAGGAUCAAUAUGUUUACGUGGACGUUGUCGAUGUCAUCCACAUUAUGCACAAAUUAUUGAUGAUAAAAGAGGUAAUCCACGUUGUAAACGAUUACCUGCAAAAAUUGGCCAAAUGUGUACCACAAAAUGUCGUGAGCCAUUAUUUUGCCGUAGUGGACAAUGUCAAUGCGUUCAACGUGGUACAACAACAUUGGUCAACGGUCAAUGCAUAUCAAUGAGUCGUGUUGGUGAUCGUUGCACACGACAUUACGAUUGUUCGGCACCUUUUUCGGCAUGCUUAAAUUCACAAUGUGUAUGUAUUAGUGGUACCAUACAACAAGGUUUGCAAUGUAUAGCUAAACCAGCUUGUCCACUUGGAGCAAAGCAAGAAAAUUGGGAAAAGAAAUAA